AUGUAUUUAAAACCGGACUGGUUCUUUUUGUAUCUCCUACCGCCGAUCGCACUGGAUGCCGGCUAUUUUUUACCCAAUAAAGAUUUCUUCAGAAAUUUUGGCACAAUAAUGACGUAUGCUGUUUUUGGAACACUGUGGAACGCAUUCGCUAUCGGAAUGACACUGUACUUUUUACACGGCUAUUUCAAAGUGCAAACAUCGUUAAUUGAAUUAUUUCUGUUUUCGACGCUGAUAUCUGCGGUUGAUCCAGUGGCCGUGCUAUGCGUUUUCGAAGAAAUACACGUUAAUCAGUUGCUGUACAUCUGUGUUUUCGGCGAAUCGCUGCUGAACGAUGCUGUUACUAUAGUGCUUUAUCAAACUUUCAAUGCAAUGGUGGAUGCAGAAAGCCUUACACACGGGGAUUACGCUGUUGCUGCUUCAUCAUUCUUUGUGGUCUCGAUAGGCGGCAUACUGAUCGGACUUCUCUGGGCAAUAUUCACUGGCUUCACAACCAAGCAUUCCCGGCAUUUAAACGUUGUUCAACCGCUGAUUUGCUUGCUUUUUCCAUAUCUUGCAUAUCUAGUGGCUGAAAUGGUCGCAAUGUCCGGGAUAUUGGCGUUCGUUCAGCUUUAG